AUGAAAAUUCCUUUCCUUUUCUCUUUUCCCACUGGCAUGUGUCUCCUUCUAAUUCCUGGAGUUUUUCCAGUAUCCUGUGAGGGAAUUAUAGGAGGAAAAGAAGUGCCACCUCACACAAGACGCUACAUGGCUCUAAUCAAAGGGCUGAAAGUCUGUGCAGGGGCUUUGAUCAAAGAAAACUGGGUGUUGACAGCUGCUCACUGUAACCUGAAAGGCAAUCCUCGAGUUAUUCUUGGGGCCCACUCUACCUCCCAUAAAGAGAAAUAUGACCAAGUAUUUUCCAUUAAAAAGGCAAUUCCCCAUCCAUGCUUCAAUCCACAGACAUUUGAAGGGGAUCUUCAACUCCUUCAGCUGGAUGGUAAAGCAACUAUGACCAAAGCUGUAGGAAUACUUCAGCUACCAAAAACAGGAGACGAUGUCAAACCCCACACCAAGUGUCACGUGGCAGGAUGGGGAAGAAACAAAAAAGCUGUGUGCAAAAUUUCACAUGUCUUGAGAGAAGCCAACAUUACUGUGAUAGAUAGGAAAAUAUGCAAUGAUGCCCAGCACUAUAAUUUUAAUCCAGUUAUUGAUCUCAGUAUGAUCUGUGCUGGUGGUAGAAAAGGUGAAGAUGAUUCAUGUGAAGGGGAUUCUGGAAGUCCUCUGAUAUGUGAUAAUGUUUUCAGAGGUGUCACUUCCUUUGGGAAGUGUGGUAACCCCAAGAAGCCUGGCGUCUACAUUCUCCUUACCAGACAAUACCUCAACUGGAUAAAGAAAACCAUUGCAGGAGCCAUAUAACAUUUCUUCUUCAAAGUAGAAAAUUGAGGUAACCAAGUAAAGGGGG